GAGCCCAUCUCUCUGAAACUGAAGCAUUGUUGUCGUGUGAAAGAUGAGUUUAAUAUCGCAGAAUAUCCCGUCUGGUUUUAAAUCAAGCAGGACCAAAAGGGAGGUUCCUGAUGAGCCUGCGUUUAUGCAAGCAAAUGAUGAGAAUGGAAAUGGGAAAGAGAUGAGUUUGGAGGUUAUGAGGGUGAACAAGAGGAAGAAACCGCGCAAUGAGGUUGAUGAGAAAGACGCGGUGGAGCAAGAGAAGGAGAUGAAGAAGCUGGAGAGUUUUUUGUUUGGAAACAUUUAUGCGCCGGUGGAGUUUGGGAAGGAGGUUGAGGAGGGAGAUGCAGUGGAUAAUGACUCUUCUUUGUUCUUUGUGGAUCGUUCUGCAAAUAGUGUGCUUUCUGUUGGUGAAGAUGAUGGAGAAGUAUUGGAGGAGGAACCUAAGCAAAGGAAAGCUGUCUGGGAGGAUGAUGAAGAGGCAAAGGCCAAUGUGAAUAUUGCCAAAGUUAAUAGAUUAAGGAAGCUGAGGAAGGAAGAGGAUGAGAGUUUGAUUUCUGGUUCUGAGUAUGUUUCAAGAUUGAGGGCGCAACAUGUUAAGCUGAAUCCCGGCACGGAGUGGGCUCAACUUGAUUCAGAGCCAAGGAACAAUAAAUAUUCUGACGAUGAAUCAUCAGAUGAUGAAGAUAGGGCAGUAGUGGCCCAUGGCUACAAGGCUGUUGGAGCUGUUGAUGAUCUCCUUCGAACAAAUGAGGAUUUUGUUGUGAAGAGCAGUUCAAAGUUGUUGCCUGGGCUUCUUGAAUACUCAAUACUGACAGAUGCUAACGCAGAGGAACCUUCUAGUGGUCCUAUAAAUUCAGUGCAGUUUCAUAGAAAUGCUCAGUUGCUUCUGACUGCUGGAUUGGAUCGAAGGCUUAGGUUUUUCCAGAUUGAUGGAAAACGGAAUGCUAAAAUUGAAAGCAUCUUCAUUGAUGAUUGUCCAAUUCGGAAGGCAGCCUUCUUGCCUGAUGGCUCUCAGGUUAUUAUAGCUGGAAGGAGGAAGUUCUUUUACAGCUUUGAUUUAGUGAAGGCCAAAGUUGAUAGAAUAGGACCCCUUGUUGGUAGAGAGGAGAAAAGCUUGGAAGUUUUUGAGGUUUCCCCUGAUUCUAGUACAAUUGCCUUUGUGGGCAAUGAAGGGUAUAUCUUGUUGGUUUCCACUAAAACAAAGGAAUUGAUUGGGACACUGAAGAUGAAUGGAACUGCACGUUCUUUAGCUUUUUCCGAAGAUGGGAAGCAGUUAUUGAGCUCUGGUGGAGAUGGACAGAUUUACCACUGGGAUUUGAGAACAGGAGCUUGCUUCCAUAAGGCUGUUGAUGAAGGCUGUAUAAAUGGCACAUCUCUGUGUACAUCUCCAAAUGGAAAACUGUUUGCUGCUGGUUCAGACAGUGGGAUUGUCAAUAUCUACAACAGAGAAGAAUUUUUAGGGGGCAAGAGAAAACCCAUCAAGACAGUCGAGAAUCUCACAACCAAAGUAGAUUUUCUCAAGUUCAAUACCGAUUCUCAAAUACUGGCUAUUUGUUCAAGCAUGAAGAAGAACAGCUUGAAGUUGGUACAUGUUCCAUCAUUGACUGUGUUCUCUAACUGGCCUCCACAGAAGAAGACCCUGCACUAUCCCCGGUGUUUGGAUUUCAGUCCUGGUGGAGGUUUCAUGGCCAUGGGAAAUGCUGCUGGAAAAGUUUUGCUGUACAAGUUGCACCACUACCAUGAUGCAUAGGGUGAAUGUUGUGAAAGGCUCCUUAUAAGAUUCAGCUGUACUUUCCUUUGUAUUAUUGCAGUCUUGUUUGUUGAGGUUUUCUUUGUUACAAGAAAACACCUGUAUGUUUUUCUACUUUUCUUCUUUUUAAUUUAAUGCUGCACCAAUUUUGAAUCA